AAACGCAGAAAGGCAGUAAGCUAAAUCAGGACCAAGAUAUGGUCCUUACGGCGGCCCGUCCGAUCCUUCUCGCCGGGUUCGGCGCUGCUCCGGCAGCAUGCAUCGCGGAAAAAUUCAUAUAUUUUUCCAAGUGUGGAUGGAGGAAAAGAGGGGAUCCCUUCAGGAUCUGUUGCGUUCCCAAAGAUGGCGACAAAGGCCACCUCGAGGGCUUUUCAGUGCUUUCCAAAGAUGUGCCGUGGGAAGUUGAAAGCACAUGGAGUACGUUCGCAGCCUAUUUCUUUAUUUUGCACGUUCCUUUAAGCUUUGGGAUACUUCCAACAAUUGCUCGCUUACUGCAUCAAUCUGUCCAUGAUCCAGUAAUAACGGCUGCAUCAGCACUUACAUUGCAGGGAACAGAAUUGGCUGGGUUCCUGGCAUUGUUGUAUUAUACAGCUCACGACAGAAACAAGCUUCCUUGUUUUUUUAUUGGAACUUCCUAUUCAGAGCAGAGGAACUGGUUAAAAGCUUCUGCCUUAGGCAUUGGAUUUUUGCUUUUGCUGGUCUUGCUAACAUCCAUACUUGCUGACAGAUUAAUUGGACCCAAGGAUAUCGACAAUCCAAUUUUGAAGGAGAUUCUUCUGUAUAGCCCGAUCUCUAAGUCAACUUGCUUCCUUCUCUACUGCUUUGUAACUCCAUUGCUUGAAGAAACUGUUUAUCGGGGCUUUCUGUUAACUUCUAUAGCAUCCGGAAGGAAAUUCUGGCAAGCAAUCGGUAUCAGUUCCUUUGCUUUCAGUUUAGCCCAUUUUUCCUUUGAGAACUCUCUUCAGCUCUUCAUUAUUGGUUGUGUUCUUGGAUCUGUCUACUCUUGGAGUGGCAAAUUGGUUUCUUCUGUUACUGUACAUUCUGUUUAUAAUGCAAUAAUCUUACUAUUUGUAAGUAUUUCUUAGAUGCUAUUUUUUUUUGUUUAAUUCUUUCAUUUAUAUCAUAGCACUGGUAGCAUAUUGUUAUAUGAACAUGAAUGAUCUUAUGUGAUUUUUUUAAGCUA